GCGACACACCGAGUGCGCCGGGGGCAGCCAUGGCGGACGGUCCGGUGGCGGACGUGCUGCUGCGGCGGCUGGAGGCGGCCGAUGGCGGCCUGGACAGCGCGGAGCUGGCGGCCGAGCUGGGCGUGGAGCACCAGGCCGUGGUGGGCGCCGUGAAGAGCCUGCAGGCGCUGGGCGAGAUCAUCGAGGCUGAGCUGCGCUCCACCAAGCGCUGGGAGCUCACUGCCGAGGGCGAGGAGAUUGCCCGGGAGGGCAGCCAUGAGGCCCGGGUGUUUCGCAGCGUCCCCCCGGAGGGCCUGGCCCAGAGCGAGCUCAUGCGACUGCCCAGCGGCAAGGUGGGCUUCAGCAAGGCCAUGUCCAACAAGUGGAUCCGCGUGGACAAGAGCGCGGCCGACGGGCCCCGGGUGUUCCGAGUGGUGGACAGCAUGGAGGAUGACGUGCAGCGGCGGCUCCAGCUGGUCCGGGGCGGGCAGGCCGAGAAGCUGGCUGAGAAGGAGAGGAGCGAGCUCAGGAAGAGGAAGCUGCUGACUGAAGUGACCCUGAAGACCUACUGGGUGAGCAAAGGCAGCGCCUUCAGCACCAGCGUCUCCAAGCAGGAGGCGGAGCUGAGCCCCGAGAUGAUCUCCAGCGGCUCCUGGCGGGACCGGCCCUUCAAGCCCUACAACUUCUCGGCGCACGGCGUCCUCCCUGACAGCGGCCACCUGCACCCGCUGCUCAAGGUCCGCACCCAGUUCCGGCAGAUCUUCCUGGAGAUGGGGUUCACCGAGAUGCCGACCGACAACUUCAUCGAGAGCUCCUUCUGGAACUUCGACGCGCUCUUCCAGCCGCAGCAGCACCCGGCGCGUGACCAGCACGACACCUUCUUCCUGCAGGAUCCAGCCGAGGCCCUGCAGCUCCCAAUGGACUACGUCCACCGCGUCAAGCGGACCCACUCUCAGGGCGGCUAUGGCUCGCAGGGGUACAAGUACACCUGGAAGCUGGAUGAGGCCCGGAAAAACCUCCUGCGCACGCACACCACGGCAGCCAGUGCCCGUGCCCUCUACCGCCUGGCCCGGAAGAAGCCCUUCACGCCCAUCAAGUACUUCUCCAUCGACCGCGUGUUCCGCAACGAGACUCUGGACGCCACACACUUGGCGGAGUUCCACCAGAUCGAGGGCGUGGUGGCUGACCACGGCCUCACCCUGGGCCACCUCAUGGGCGUCCUGCGGGAGUUCUUCACCAAGCUGGGUAUCACGCAGCUGCGCUUCAAGCCUGCCUACAACCCCUACACGGAGCCCAGCAUGGAGGUGUUCAGCUACCACCAAGGCCUGAAGAAGUGGGUGGAGGUUGGGAACUCCGGGCUCUUCCGCCCAGAGAUGCUGCUGCCCAUGGGGCUCCCCGAGAACGUGUCCGUCAUCGCCUGGGGCCUCUCCCUGGAGCGCCCCACGAUGAUCAAAUAUGGCAUCAACAACAUCCGGGAGCUGGUGGGCCACAAGGUGAACCUGCAGAUGGUGUACGACAGCCCCCUGUGCCGCCUGGACGCCGAACCGGGGCCCCCGCAGACACAGGAGGCUGCGUGACAUGGGCCACCCUGGACAGGCCACCCUCCCCAAGCCCGUGCUGCCCAGCUCGUCUGCAUCCCUGCCAGUGACCCCAUGUAUUUAUGAGGCCUCUGUGAGGCCAUCCCCCACCCCUGGCAUCUCCUCUUCCCCACCCGCCCCAGGGUCCCAGGGGCAGGGGAGCAGGUAGCAGGUGUGUGUGGUCGUCCACCUAGGAGGGCGGGCCCUGGGAGCCCUGUGGGCCGGCCGCUGCCUAAUAAAGUGGGCACUUGCCCUCAUCUGGUACCCUCCUUUAGGGGUGGAGGGGUGCUGGGGCCCGGGUACGAGGGGUGCUGGCUUGGGGUCUUGGAUCCUCAGCAGCUCCUGGCCAGCCUGAGCCAGAUCCCCUGGGGAAGACUAGCUCCAUCGUGCAUUUCCUGGUCCCCUGCUGGUGCCAGGUCCUCUUCCAGGUGACCAGAACAGAACUCCCUACCCCUGUGGAAGGGGCAUUUGGGAGGGGGAGGCCAGGGCGGGUGUCAGGGCCCCGUGAACCAGGAUUCCCGCUAACUGGUGGCAGCCAGGUGUGGGUGGGGGGCAAGCUAAGCUUUUAAAAGCUGCCUUUUUUCCCCCCAAAAGAGCAGAUUUAGGUUCACAGCAAAAUUGAGCAGAAGGUACAGAGAUUGCCCAUAUAUCCCCUGCUCCUCCAUGCAUAGCCUCCCCUACCAUCCACAUCCCCACCAGAGUAGGAUGUUUGUUACCAAGGAUUAACCCUCCUGGACAUGUCAUGAUCCCGCAGAGGCCGGAGCUGACGUGAGGGCUCCCUCUUGGUGGUGUCUGUUCUGUGGGUUUGGACAAAUGUGUAAUGACACGUGUCCACCGUUAUAAUACCAUCUGGAGUAUUUCAUGCCCUCGAAGUCCUCUGUGCCCUGUCUAUUCAUCCCUCCUUCCUCCCCCUAAAAAGCUGCUCCUGUAAAAAAAAAUUCCCGUAAGGAUUUCACGUGAGCCCAGAACGCAGGGCUGAGGUGGACAAAGCUCCGGGAACCCGCUAUCCACAUUGAACAGUGAGCGGGGUCUCGCACCUGUUUCUGCGGGAAUAUUUUGAAGCAGCCUGGGCGCCAUAUCACUCACCGCGUGUCUCCAGGGGCUUUUGGGACUGUGGACAGCUUCUCACUCAGCGGUGGCGCGCAGCACGGUCCAUAGGCUCUGCUGCUCCCAGCGCCUGUGGGGACCGAUCUCCCGAGGGCUCCUCAGUCCCAUCUUUUUUCUUUGUUUCAAACAAAAUAAUUCAGUCAUACAGAAGGAUAUUCGUGCAGUAACUGCACUUCCUAAGUGCCAGCGGUGUUCAUGAGCCGAAGACUUGGCAAUGAAGCUGAUGCAGGUCCCUCCCCUCGGGAGCUGCCACGGGGGGGUGGAUGGGGCCCAGGAGACAUGACAGCAGAGAAACAAAUGGAGUGGGGCGGGGGGCGGUGACGGCCACACAGGAAAGUACAGGCAGGUGAAGUGUAUCCAAUACAUAAAGCGUAAUACAGUAAACACCCAGGAAUCCACCCCCAGUUCAAUCGAAUCUGAGCGUUGACUGUAUAUGUUUUGGAUCUGUCACUUUAGAUUUGUGUGACAAAUGGUUUGACGACCCUAUGGGCUUGUCCUAGUUCCUUUUGUCCCCACCCCACUAAAGUUGCCCCCUACUGAAUUAGUGUUGAUCAUUUUCAUGUGUUUCUAAACGUUUGCUACUUACAUGUUACUUUAGCAAGACAUGGCUUCAUUUUGCAUGUUUGCAGAAGCCAUACAAACCGUGCACCAGAAAAAUCACCCUGCAUCUUGGGUGUUGCUUUCGUUUUGGUUGUGGGCGUGUGUCUUUAUGUGUGCACGCCAGUGAGUCUUCGCGAUUCCUGUCCGUGGGUGAUCUGAGAUCUUCAAAUGUGAUGCUGUGGGAAGAUGCAUUUUGUUUAACUUGUGGCUUUGCCACAAGAUACUAAUGUUAACUACCGUUUAUUAAAUUCUUAAAGUGUUACAGAUGUUUA